CUGAACCACAUGAUGCUAUCAAUUCCUGCGUCAGCAGGUUGGGUCUAUUCAUAUCAUGGGCUAGGCUCAUGUGCACGACAGUCGUGUGCCCACAUAUGGAACAUCAAUUUGAAUAACUAGCCGUCCAUUCACCACAUAAACCCAUUCUUUUCCACCUGCCUGACCUUCUAUCAUCCGUCGUAAUGCCUUGGGAAUCGGUCAAGCUCAAUUCUGGACAUUACAUUCCAAGUAUCGGAUUUGGUACUUGGACGCUAGGUAACGGUCAAAGUCCUAUCGACCAGGUUGAACAAGCUCUGGAAAAUGGGUACAACCAUAUUGACACUGCGCAGGCCUACAGGAAUGAAGGAGAAACUGGGGUUGCUUUGAAAGAAAGCGGACUUUCUCGCUCAGAUGUCUUUGUAACGACCAAGUACUCCGGUACAAACGGUCUUGACAUUCCGACUUCUAUCAAAAACAGUGUCAACAGCCUUGGGGUAUCAUAUGUAGACCUCUAUCUGGUCCAUUCCCCGCGUCUGGCAGUACCUGACAUCCCCACAUGUUGGGCGCAAAUGGAAAAGGUCAAGGAAGACGGACUUGCUAAGAGCAUUGGUAUCAGCAACUUUGGCGUCCAAGACAUGGAGAUUUUGUUAGCAUCUGCGAAAGUAAAGCCUGCGGUCAACCAGAUCCUCCUUCAUCCAUACGUCUAUCGGCAACAGAAACCAAUCCUUGAAUACGCCGCGAAGAAUGGAAUAGUCAUCGAGGCCUACAGUGCGCUGAUCCCCAUUACAAAGUUACCCGGCGGUCCUUUGGACAAACCAUUGAAUGAAAUCGCUGCAAAGUUCGGUGCAACGACCGAGCAAAUCCUUCUGGCGUGGACCAAAGCCAAGGGGGCCGUUGUCGUUACCACAAGUUCAAAGAAGACGCGCCUGCAAGGGUACAUCGCGGCAGGUGAUAUAACUUUGUCUCCGGAGGAUGUUGCUGCCAUCGACGCUGCGGGUGCUUUGGGCGAGAAGAAAGCAAAUGUGAAGACUAUAUUGAAAAGGGUUGUCGUAGGAGCAAUUGCUUGCACUGCAGUCUUUGGUGCAUGCAACUUCUUCGGCAUUAGCAUGAUGUAAAGUGAUCGUUAGCUUUUGAUAAAUGCUCAAAUGUCUCUAGUACUUGUUCAUCAUUCCGCCAAUGCAGCAGAAAUGGUGCAUGCGGCACAACUACUCAAAUAUAACUAUUCUCAGAAGUUUCCCAUCCUUCCUUUUGAACCAUGCUUGUUCACAACAUUUACUUCAGAUAGAUAAGCCCCCAUGAUCCACUAAUUCAUGUCAG